AUGGGAAACUUAGUAAAUAAUUUCACAGUAGUUUGUACAGAGAUAGAUGGAAUACAAAAAUGUGCUUGUGAUUUCCGAGUGAAUUUCUAUGGCUGUCCCUUCGAAAGCUUAUUAAAAAAAGCGGCUUUAGUUCUAAUUCCACUUUGUUUGUUUUCCUUGGCAUUAUCUUGCGGCAUGCUUUACUAUUAUAUCAAAGUUAGAAACCAGUCAUUCUCCCUUCCGGCGACUCGCGAUCGAGGAAUCUUGAGAUUUCGACCCUUUCAAACAUUUCAUUUGUACUGCGUAGCUUAUAUCCUCUUUGAAACCAUUCAUCUUAUUAUGCUGGUUACCGAUUCUUAUAGAAGCCUGGUAAUUGCGGAAAUCGGAUUUGCCGCGAUGCACACGUUCGCAUCUGCAAUCGGCAUGCUAUACCCUAUAAGCGUUGUUUAUUCCACACCGACCUCAAUACACAUGAAAUAUAAAAGCGAACUGACAAAUCCACGUUUGCUCGACAUUUUAGGAUUUGGAAUGAUUGGUUACUCGUUCAUAUGUUUCAACACCUUCGCUGUAUUAACUGGUAUUGCGGGAGAAAAUAUGGAUAUAGAGAAAGCGGAUAAAUAUUUCGCUUUAAAUUCGUUCUUUUGGGUCGCAUGGACGUCCAUAUUUACAUGUUACUUGGUUUUCACAUGGUUGAAGUUACGCAGGAUCAUUCAUCGACACAUUAAAAGUCUCGAGUUGCAAAAGGUCGUCGGGGACACGGUAAGUCAACAAAUCAUUAACAUGAGGAAAGCUUCAAGAAACGUCAACGUGCCGGUCGUCAUUAUGACCAUCUGUUGUCUCAUGAUCAUCACCUCCAACAUCGCCGUAGCCAUUUCAUACCGAACGGUGGCGAUAUUCGAAAAAUUUUCAUCUAUUAGUAUCUUUGCUGCUUGCAAGCUCAAAUUUUAUGCUAAAGCGACGAUUACUGGAUGCCUUUCAAAUGGUGAGAUCGUUUGUUUUAAUACCAAUGAAACAAAUAAUACAAGUAAUACUUAUGUUGAUAAUAGCAAUAAUAGGGAAAGUAGUUUGUGUACAAAUAAUAACUUGGUUAUUAGUACCAGUGAUAAUAGAGAUCAAAUUCCAAGUUAUGAAAACAUUUCAAGGUAUCCUAUUGCUAUCCAUUGCACUGAAGAAACAAUUACAGAAAUACAAUAA